AUGGCAAACCGACCUUCGUCUCACCUUGCGGCACUCCUGCCCGCCGUCAGGAGCAAGCUCACUAUCGGCAGCCGACAGACACCUUCGCCUGGCGAUGGCGAGGUCCUUAUCCGGGCUCGUGCCAUCGCCGUCAACCCGAUUGACUGGAAACGCCAGGCCUGGGGUUUCAUGACACCCACACUGCCGGUGGUUCUCGGCGCAGAUCUUGCGGGUGAAGUCGUCGGUGUUGGUUCCUGUGUCGAGGAAUUCCAAAUCGGGGACCGCGUCCUGGCCAUGGCCCCCGAAAUGAUCACCGGAAAUAGCGACCACGGUGCGUACCAAGAGUAUGCCGUCGUCAAAAGCUUCACGACAGCCAAGCUUCCGAAGAGUCUCUCCUUUACGCAGGCGGCCACGCUGCCGUCGGCCGUGAGCACAGCGUUCAUGAUGCUGGUCGACAACCUCGGCCUACCCCUCGAAGCUCUGGAGACGGGCAGGACCUCUGCGUCCUCGCCGACGUCCAUUUUUGUCUGGGGCGGCUCCUCGGCUGUCGGCACCCUGACCAUCCAGCUCGCACACAAGGCGGGCCUCACCGUCUUCGCAACAGCCAGUGCUCAGCACCAUGAUCGGCUGCGCGAUCUGGGAGCCGACGUCGUGGUCGACUACAGUUCGGGCGACGCAGCGCAGGAGAUCCUGAAUGCGUCUGAAAAGGUCGGCAAGCCGAUCGCAUGGGCUGUGGACGUCAUCGCUACCGAGUCGACGCUCAAGCAGGUGGUGGAGGUGCUGCAGGGGUCGACCGCGACGGAUGCGAAGAAGCUGUCAAUCACCGUGCCAUGGGCCACGACUCUCGAGAAGCCGGAAGAUAUUGCGAUCCAGCAGGUGAAUGGUGGUGAGAUCUGGAGUCGCAGGUCAGAUCUGGCCGAAUGGCUUUGCUCCAAGGCUCUGACAGCCUGGCUCGACUCUGGCGAUAUCAAGCCGCUACAGGCCAAGAUCGUGGGGGGCGGGCUCGAGGGUCUUCAGAGUGCCAUGGACGAGGUCCACAAGGGGGUUAGCGGCGUGAAGUUGGUCGUGGAGGUCUGA